CCCUCAAAGGAGGAGGAGCACAUCAGGCAAUGCUUUGAAGACCAGCGCCACAUGAAGAAGUGCCAGAUUGAGUUAAGAAGUUCCUUUCUGUGGAGUGGAAGUGGGUAAAUGACAAAGAUCUGUUUGCUUCAAUGUGUGUGACAGAGGAGUUUGGUGUUUUCCAUUGCCAAACACGUACCAGAUGACCAUCCCUGUGUCCACAGUGAGUCAGAGCAAAGCUAAGUUGCAGGUAAAGUGUCUGUGUGUGCUUAUGUUCCUGAGCUUCCCUCUGUCAAUGGCCGAGAUUCCUGGUCCAUGCAGACACUCAAUCACUAGGGAACACCUGCUGAUAGUCAGGCAACUGAUGGACAACCAGUUGAGAAGUGGGUGUUCAAUAACCUACACAUUCAUAGAGCGGAGAACUUUGAGCAAAUGUUGCUUUGUGAAAGCUGCUUUACCCUGGAUACUGGAGCUGCUCACCACGCACUUCAAGUACAGUCGGGGCUCAGUCAACGAUGGCUAUGUUCAGUCCCUGAGAGCGCUUAUCCUUAACAUGUAUUCACAGAGAUGCGUCCCUCAGAUUAAUGAAGAAGUGGAGGAUAAGCCAGAGAGCUUUGAGAUGGUUUACAGUGGGUCUCCGACAGAAGCGUUGCAGAGAGUCUCAGAGGUAUUGUCUGUUUACUGGGAACUGGUGACAACGAGUGAAUCACCGAUUGACUGGAUAUGCCAGCAGGAGUAUUCAGAAAACUUCAGCUCCUCGACUGAGCUACCCGCAGGGUCGACUGUUCAAUAUUUUACAGACAGCUAUGAUUGGAACUCAGCAAAGGCUUCGCAGAGAAGACCAGUCAGAGAUGUGUACAAGCUUGGCUUCAUCAUUGCAUCCAUCUGUGGAGGACUGCUGCUCAUACUUAGUCUCUACUGCCUCAUUGUUCACAAGAGAGUUUAUUCCCAUUAUGGAUCAAGAUUUGAUACAUCCGCAAACUUUGACCGACAGGAUAUAGAGAUGGAACCAGAGUAAUGGCAUUGGGGAGCCCACUGCUGCAUCAAAAGACAGAGUGCUUGGGAAGCUGUACAUUUUUUCCAAACUAGUGUUCUCAUGUCCCUAUAUGUGUGAUGUAUUCAGCUUACCAGUUUAAUCAGAAUCUUAGCUUUGACCGAAAACAAAGGUGUAUGUUUUCUGGAGCUGUGUAUAUUGAGAAAUAUGUAUUGCAGGUGUCUCUUCAGGUUAACCAAUUAUUAUUUUUUUUUUCUGUAGUCAUUGUUUUUCUAUUUGCAACCAAUUAAUCAAAUGUUUGUGACCUUGUUCCCAUAAGUUAUUUAUUUCUUUAAGUUGACUGAAUCACCGUUAUAAGAAUUCAAAGUACAUAACUAUCAGUGACAACCUACAUAUUGAUUGUGCCUGUGCUGCAAGCUAAAAGGUCAUGUCAAAACUCUAAGUUGCCUGUAAUUAUUUUAUUAAAGAAUCUGCAAAACUUUACUGGCUGGAUCUUCUCUGGAAGGCACUGAUGAUUAAGGAGCAAUAAUAUAAUGCUGUUCAGUGAAACAGAUCUUGUCAUGUCCAUUUUAAACUAGCUCUCAUUAAAGAUUUGUAUGCCAAAAUUUAUUGUCAUACACAACUGCUGUGCAGAUUCAACAUAAACCCUGGUCAAUAAAA